AUGUAUAUUCAAGUAUUUAUUUUCUUUAUAAUCUGUCCUUUUAUUCAUAUUGUAAUAAGUUCAAGUCUUCCUUCACCUGAAUUACAUAUUAAAUAUGGUGGUCAAGCAUUGACUGCUUUACAGCAUCUUUUAACUUUUUUUGAAUCCGACGUCAAUGAUUUAAAUCUUGAUGGUUUAUAUGGUUUACGUAUAGCACAAGGACAAUUAGAUGCUCUUCAUGAAAUUUUAACUUCAACAUCAAAUGAAAAUCAUCAUUUAACAGAUAAAAAUAAAUAUAUUCAUUCAUUAUCUCAACAAAUUGAACGUAUAGCAAAUAAAAGUUUAACUAUUCUAGCUGAAGCAGAAUCUUCAUAUUUACAACGUUUUAUUCUUAUUGCAUCAGAACCAUUUCGAGUUGAAUAUGAAGUAAGAAAAAUAAAGAAAAAUUUAUUUGAACAUGAUUUAAGAAGUUCAGAUUUUGAUGAAAAUGAAUCUGAUUCUUGUUUUGCUCAAUUACUUGGUUCAAAUAAUCCUUCGAAUUCAACAAAAUGUUUUAUAACUCAAUCAUGUUGGAAUAUGAUGACAUCAUCAAUGACUAAAGAUUAUCGUUUAACACAUCAAUUAUUAUGGUUUUUAGUUGCAAAAAAUGUUGGUUGUAUUGAUAAUCGAUUAAUAUCAAAUAUAGCAAAUAAAAAUUUAAAAUAUUUAGAAGAUCGAUAUUGUUCAAAUAUUUAUCAAGAUGCUGAAAUAAAUAUAAAAGAUGAUAGCAAUCAAGAUUUAUUUCUUGAAGAAUUAUUAUUAUGUUCAAUUAUUGGUUAUGAAGAAUUUUUACGUUUCGAUUGGUUUAAUACAAUUCUUACAUGGCAAGAUUCAGAAUAUGGAUGUUUUCCUAGAACACUAGAUACGAUUGAAUCGAAUUCAAAAAUGAAAAGACAUCUAUUAAUUGAACAAAAUAUGGUUCAUGGAUGUUUAUCACAUCAAAGCGGUCUUGCGGCAGGGUUAUUAGCUACAUAUGCCAGAGCUUUUUUACAAUAA